GCGCCGUCAGCAUUUCCUCAUGCUUCUUCAUUAGUUCCCCCAAUCUGCACAUACAUACCAAUCUUCGAUUCAUUGUAUAACUAUGUCUCCCCUCGGAACUGGAGAUUUACAUCGGAUUUUCGAGAACCUCGACAAGAACGGCGAUGGCCAGGUGAGCCUCGAGGAACUCAAUUGGCUGCUCGAGAAAAUCGGUAUCCAUCAUAGCCUGGGCGAGCUGGAAUUAUCUAUAGGGAAACCGAGCCUCGACUUUGACGAGUUUUUGUUCUUUUACGACUCCAUAUCGUCGGAAGAAACCAUGAGGAGCGGUGGAGUGGAAUCCCGAGAGAGCAGCGAAGGAGAUGUCAAUCAAGAGACCGACCUUGCCGAGGCGUUCAAGGUGUUCGAUUUGAACGACGACGGCUUCAUUUCCUGCGACGAGCUCCAGAGCGUCCUCUCAAAACUAGAGUUAUGGGACGAGAGAAGCGGGAGAGACUGUAACAGCAUGAUUCGUGCGUAUGAUACUAACAACGACGGGAAACUCGAUUUUGAGGAAUUCAAGAGCAUGAUGUCGAUUACAAUUUCUUGAUGAAAUCUACAACAACGUGACAUGUCUUGGGUGGGAUUUCCUUUUAUACAUCACACUGAUUCUAUCUAUGUACUUCUAUGACUCUAUACGUUUGUUUAGCUUCUGCCGUUACUCUCCCUUCCUACUUCAGCGUGCUAUUAUUUUAGU